AUGUCGAGAAGUGUGAAAGCGAGAGGAGCCAUCCGAAUUCCUCGGAAAUCGCGCCAUUUCCGGGAUUAUGAAGUCGAAAAUCUUUAUGAGAACGCCAUCGAGCUUCAAUUGCGUCACGCAGAGGCGAUCCGUGGCAAAGGAAGUUUGGCAAGUGUGACUCAGGCUGUGCGACUCUUGACAGAAAGAAUAGACCGAAAAUUGGAAGAAUUGUGGGGGGAAAAUCCGAAUUGCACAGGUUUUGCUCAUGAUAUGGAAAGACCCGCUAGAAUAGGAUCUUGGUAUUCUAUUGCUUCGCCGCUUGGAAGCCAGAGAAGUUCAGAGUUAAUUGCGCCGCGAAGGUCGACUCGCUCAACGAGCGGAAGUCUCCGUUCAACUCUUCGUUCUAAUUCAUCCACUAGAACGGAUGAUUCCACAAUACGCGGGAGAUCAAAGUCUCGAGACUCCGCAUCUGUUCCGUCGCAACGGAGCCUCAGUGAUAAGGAAAACCUGGUUUCUGGAGAUUCUUUGAAGGGAUACGUUCCGAGGUCGAAGUAUCUGAGGAAACUUUUGAAAGAAAAGUCCGAUUUUCUUGAUCAAGCUGAUUCUGCGAGUGACGAUGCUUUAAGCCGCACGACUCGAAGCCGAAUAAACGAUGCGGUAAUUUCUUCUGACGCGACCUGUAUAUCAUCCUCCAGCGUCAAUCGACGAGUUUUGUCGGAGAGCGCUGGGAAUUCUGACCUCUGCGAUGGAUCAGAAGCGUGGUUUCAGCGGCUGAAGGAAUUUCGAGAACGUAACAAAGCAACGUGCGUUGCUUCCAAGCCGAUGAUUCCCGGCCUUGACCAGCCUCACAAAUGUGUGCAUUACUACAGACUGAAUAAGAGGCUUGUGAGCUCACCUGUUUGGAGAGACUCUUCGGGAAGAAGUGUUUGUCCGGAAUACCACGAGCCGGAUGUGGGACAGCUGAAGCGGAAUUCCUAUAUUAUUCCAGAUGAGGUGGCAAAAAAAUGUGACGUAUUUCUUAAAACCCCGCCGAAAAAAGCUGAGUGCAUUGUUUGUCUUCACCUGUCGCAUUUAUGGACCAUGUUAUUCAAACAUGCUCUCAAUUUCGGUCACGGUUUCCUGAUCGUACAUGGUGACCUGGAUCAGUGCGUUUUGAUUAUGUACACCUCACCGCGCCCGAGUGCGGUUCCAGUUGUGGAAAAGUAUUUCACCACUGACGUGUGUGGUACUAAACGUACGCCAUCGAAACCGUUUGUGGGCAUGUCCGAAGAAGAAGAAAAAGCUCCGAACAUUCCAUCAACACCGAAGACGACAGUCGAUUCCGACCCGAAACCCGAGCCCAGUGCUGUUGACAAAGUGACUGAGUCGGAAAAUGCGUUGCCGGAUAAUCCACCCGACGUCGACGCCUCUUCAGAACCAAUAAAUCCGACGAUGGGUUCGUCAUCAUCUGGAAUUCCAGCUGCUGCUGGUGUUGCAAAACCCGUGGAUGUCAGGGACUCACCUGAUGACCAGCCCAAUAGUGAUGCCCGAAGUGUGAGCAAGACUCAUCGUGGGCGCGGCAGAGGGCGCGGUAUUUUGGCUUACAGAAAGCCAGAACCCCGCCCGGGUUUCCUUCCCGACCCGAACAGCGAAUUAUUUGAACGAUCACGUGACGAGAAUGCAAGAAAGUCUCAAAAUUUCGGCAAUCACAGCAACAGAUUCUGGGAUGGGAAACGAAGCGUUCAUCGGAAUUUGCACUUUGGGAAAGAAACGACAGAUGAUGACCGAAAUAAGAAAUACAUUGCAGAGGAUUCAAUCUAUUAUCCAAAACGUAAUGUUGCCACGGACCAACGCGGUUCUCACGUAACACGCAAUGAAGAGUACAGAAAAUGUGAGGUUGAUGACCUGACCCCAAAGUUUGACAGUACCUCGAAAGGUCAACAUACCCUUCAGUAUACUGAUCCUGCUGCUGACAAUACCAGUCAAGGACAUGGACCACGAUCAUCUCAUUAUGGAAAGAAGAAAAUUUGGUGGAAAACAAAAAAUCGUUCAGAUGAUGUUGAGCGUGGAAGAUCAGAGCUCAGAAAUGAAGAAAUUCCAUCCCAGAAAAAAGAGUCUCUGCAAGCAACUACAGAUCCAAGAAUCAAUCAAGAACAAAAAGCCAGAGAUGAGAAUCGAGAAAAGGUGUCUUACCAGAGACGUUAUGCAAAACGUUCAGAAUCGGAUCACGAGUCAUCCGAAACCCGUCAUACUCGACAACCCCGUCGUUACCAGAAGAACAAACCCAAGCCCAAAUUCGACGACGAUGUGUACAACGUUCUCAUCACUCUGGAAAAAACGGACGAGGACUGGAACAAGUCCGUGAAGUUGGAAAAACUUUCCAUAGAUGACGCCCGGAAAUUGAAAUCCGAGGACGCGGAAACUAAUGCUCCGGCUAAGAAAGAAUAAUGCUGCCGUAGAAAUUAUUUUUUUUUUGCAAAAAAAUAUUUUAGCUAAUUCAACCGUAUUUUUUUAAAACUUCGUCAAACGCCGUGCAAUGAAAUCAGCUUUCUGUAACUUACCAAUAUUGUGACUAAAAGGAAUACAAAGUGAUAAUUCGAUUGAUACUUUGAAUUCCCAACCGCAUUU